CUUUUCCCCCAAGAACUCUUUUGGAACCUCGAGCACAUCUCUAGAGCCCACUACCAACCAAACACGCACAAUGGCUUUCUUCCCCCACAACUUCUACAACUCUGACGUUUCAUUCAGUCCCCUCUUCCGGCUCCUUGAUGACUUCGAUAAAUACUCUCGUCAGGACCAAAGCGGUCGCCGCACUGGACUGCCUCACUGGCAGCCCAAGUUUGACAUCUGCGAGACCGGCGAAGCCUACGAGCUCCAGGGCGAACUCCCUGGCAUGAACAGGGAGGAGGUCCAUAUCGAGUUCACUGAGCCACAGACAAUGGUCAUCCGUGGAAAGACUGAGCGGACCUACACCUCUGGCACCCCUCCUCCAGGCCUCGUUGAAGACACCACUAUGCGCGGUGCUAUCACUGGGGGCGGCGAGGAGCACAAGACAUCGCACCAACCGACGGUUGAGGAUAGGGAUGCGUCUCCCAAGCCCACCGGAUGGAUCAAGGAGGUUGAGAAGAAGCAAGUCGACAAGGCCAAGUACUGUCUCACUGAGCGCAGCGUCGGCGAGUUCUCCCGCAGCUUCAGCUUCCCAACUGGCGUAGAUCAGGACAUUGUCAGCGCCAGCUUCAAAGACGGCCUCCUGAGCAUUGUCGUCUCUAAGGUUAAGAAGCACGAAUCUCGCCGCAUCCAUGUCAGUUGAGCGAAUUCGCGACGUCAACACACGACAUCACGACGAAUUAUCAGCUGUCUCUUUUUGGAUUUUCCACUAAACAAGAUUGGGCUUCGCCUGCUUUUCUUGCCUGGAAUGGUUUUCUCUGGAACUCCAAGCCUGAUUCGGUCACUACUUGCUUGCCUGCCUCGGACUUUACGCUCCCUGUAUACUAGCACAAGAUAAACAAUACUCACACAACGCCGAUGCGAUACUUAUAGACAAGGCUCGAAACCACUACAUCCACUCCACUUUUGGACUAAGUAGAGUGGAUGUACGAUUUAUUAGGCAAUUACAUAGUGGAUGUAACACAUAUUCGAC